AUGUCGGGAUCCCUCGGCUUUUCACAUCUCGACAGAAGGACCGCCGUUGAGGCAUCACCACUCCUGCCUGGGCCAACGAGCCUCCUCGCGUUUCGCGCGGUUUCCGUGGUGUUGACAUGGGCGCCUCUGGCCGGUGCUGUGGCUUUCUAUCGGCGAAAGCGGAAGGAGGAAGGCGAACCGCUCUUCCUGCAGGGCUUUGAGGUGCUGUUGAUCUUCUGCACCCUCUG